UCUAUCUUUGAAAACUCGCUGACUUUCCUCCAGUCUCUGUUCUUUCUAAGGGAGUCUAGCCAAGGAAUGUGACACCACAGCAGCAAGCAACAGCUGCUACUACACAGCCCAGCAAAGCAGAGCCCACACAGUUCUCCACGGACUCAGGAGACAGAGAGGACACCAUGGUCUCACUCCACCGGGGCACCUUCAGGAAAUAAAACAGAAAAAAAGAAAAGAAAAAAAAAAAGAAACAGGAAGAACAAAGGAAUAUAAAAGAAAACCCCUGCAGAGACCAGCAAUAAAAUAAACUGGAGACUGAAAAGGAUAACUAAAAAGAAGAUUUUACCUUUUUUGAACUUGCAUUAAAAUCUCAACUUGUAACCUGUGACUAUAUCAAGACAGCUGUCUUCUGAAGUCAGAAACAGGGAAUAUUUUUUUUCAGAAAGUGAACCUGCUUGCUUUGCGAAACAGUUGGCUGAAGCAAUUUGAUCCUGAAUGCUUUGCAUCAAGACAGCCAAAAAUAACAUCUAGAGAGCAUUGCCCAGCAAGGAAAGAAUCUACAGAAGCUAAAUUAAAUUAAAGAUUUCAAGUACCAUUUUGCUCUCUUCUUUAUUUAUAUCUGCAGCACAUGGAAUAGAAGCAAACAAGGGGACUGCAAAAAUUCUGCCACUUUUUUACAGCUACACCAGUCUUCAUAAAUCAGAGGCUCUACUUUGAUUUUAACUGUCUUUUAUUUAAGCCUGAGAAUAUUUUGCUGACUCUUGCAAAAUAUUCUUAGCUUCCUUUUAAACUUAGCAAAGAUUUUCAGUUCAUUUUCUGACUCCUUAAGGAGCUUUAACAGAAAUACAUUUUUAACAUUCACUUUUGUAAGUUGCAUUCACUUUUUAUUUUGUAGUGAGCGAUUCAGUACCAGUAUCCUACAAAACUUUAAAGCAAACAUUAGUACUCAACCGAUAAUAAAAGUCAUUAUACUUGCAGACAAGAAACUGUAUAUUUUUUAACAGGAGUGAAAGAUAAAAACAUUUUCAGCCAUGCAUAAAGCACAAGCUCAAAUGCAACUGAAACCAUCUAGAGAAGAUUCUGUUACAGGACGAACAAUGUCUCAUGGAAAGCCAGGGAUGGCACCACCAAGUCCUAGCAUCCCAUCAAAACGUGCCAAAGUAGAAACAGAUCAAGUGGUACCAACAAUGGCAGGAGCUGGCCCAAGCCCACCAGUGUUCAUUCGAAAACUGAAGAAUGCAGCUAUUGGAACUGGGUGUGAUAUCAAAUUAAAAGUGACAGUGAUUGGGAACCCAAAGCCCAUUCUAUCAUGGUACAAGAACGAAACACCCACCAGCCCAAACAGCCAGGAGUAUGGGGCUCUCUUUAUUAAUGACAGUAAGAUGGAAGAUGCUGGGGUCUACACAUGUUUGGCUAGAAAUGAGCAUGGGGAAGCUCUAACCAGUGCAGUGCUUGCAAUCAUUGAACUGGAAGACUCUGAAAAUGGAGAAGAAGAGGCAGUUGAGCCUCAGAUUCCUCAGGAACAGGGACCCCAAGAGCAGAGACUACCAGCAGGUGAAUCUGACCGCUACAUGGACACCACUCCAGUCACUACGCCAUCUUCAUCGAGGAGUACCAUUCAGCAGGAUGAGAGAUCUAACUGGUCCGGCAGCCAGCAGACCGUGGUUGAAAAGGAGGUUUAUAAUGCAGUUCCAGUUCAAGGAGCCCACUUGCAUCCCAACACUGGCCGAAUGCACCAAGGUCCACCACAAGUUCCAAGAGGUCUUCCAGAAGCUGCCCUAAAGGGAGAGAACAAGAAAGAAAGUACUGCAGAUAUGUUUCAAAGAAAGCUGGCAGCUGCUCCCAAAACACAAACACUGGAACCCACCUGGCGGUCACCUGUUCUUCCUCCACCAUCUCCAAAACCUGGUCAACGAGCACCUCAGAUAUCCAGUAGUAGUACCCAGCCAAGCAGUAGGACCACCACAGCUAGUACAACUGCCCAGCCUUCAACACCCCUGACUCCAAGGAAGAAAAUUUUGACUCCGUCCGAUUAUCAAGAUGUAGUGACAGAAGAGUUUGAGGAAAAGGUCAAGAAACCGAAAUCAUCUGCACUUUCACAAGCAAGUACACAAGAAUCAAGGCCGCAAACACCACUGAGUGAAACAUCAAGCAAAGCAUCGGCACUUAGGCCAUCACCAAAACUGGUCAGAGCCGGCUCAAAAAUUUUUGAUAAGGUGAAGUACUUUGAGGAACGAAGGAAAAGCUUUGAUCGAUCUGAGAGUCCUCUUCCCAUGCAUAGCUGGUUACCUAUUAGGAAGUCUAGGUCAUUUGAUCAACCAGAGCUAGAUGAUCAUGACAAGAUUGGCAUGUCUGAAACAUCAAGAGAAGAUCUUAGGGAAGUAGGGAGAACAGAAGCAGGAAGUGCAUCAUUGCGGAGGUCUGCAUUUAGACAGAAAGCAGCCUCAUUUGAUGAAAGAGGUAAAUUUGCAAGUCGAGUCUAUGACAUUGAGCUCAAAUUCUCAGAAGAAUUAAGUCGUAUCAAGAGAUCAGUGUCAAAACAGCACUUGAUGAGAUCACAGGAGUUACUAAAAGAUGUAAGCAAAGGAGGACCACAAGUAGUAACAGUGGUGAGGACCCGACCAAGCAGUACUCCACCUUUUCAAACAGUAUCAGCACAAAAGCCUCGUGCAUUUGUAGUUCCUGCUGCGCAACUAACAGUGUCUCAGGCACCUCACCAACAAAGAACUCCUGAAUUGCAGACACCAAUAACAGGGGAAUUUGAAAGGAGGCAGCAAACCAGUCUGGAAGCAUCAGCAGCACGAAAACCUCUUGUAAGGAGUUUAGCAGCAGUAAGCCGAUCAGCCGAAAUGGAAGACUCUGAUGUGAUCAGUGAAAGAACAAAGGCACCUACUUCAGUUACAGCUCACAUUUAUAGACAAGAUGCAGAUGUUACAAAAGGAGAACUGGUACAGCCAUUAGUUCCUACUGCAACCUAUCUGUCACCUCAAGUAACAAAAGUUUCAUCUGUAAUAGGUAGAAAGACUCCAGAACCCAAGCCACAACAAGAGUCACAUUUAGAAACAAAUAUUAAAGAUGAAAGGACUACGAGUUUAAAGUUACUCUCAGCACAAGAGCCAUUAAUAGUACAAAGUAAACAGUUGCCUGUUGUUAGCAAAAUCCAUCAAAUUACUACUUUUACAGAAGGCCCUUCAGAAGAUAGAGAUGCAGCCCAUCAGGUACAGAAAGCACCCACUGGUUUGAAAGAGGCCGUACCUCAAGCUGCACAAGAUAGUAUUGUCCCGGUGAAGCCCAAACCAGGGGAGGACAAGGUAACUCCACGAGGUUUAGGCCUGGUGGGCGUUGAUCCACUGAAACCAGCUAAACCUCAGCUUGUGGGGGAAGACAGACUGGAGAGUGAAGAUAUUAUCAUGGGGCAUGUCACAGUGAAAGAAAGAAGUGAAAGCGUUCCCUCUGCACAUGAUGGAAAAGCUGAUCGCAGCAAAAGAAAAGGAAGACGAAUACGACCCACGUCUCCAGAUAUAGAGUCAUCUGAUGAUUCCUAUAAAUCUGCUGGGGAAGAUCCUCUGGAGCCUCCUGUGUUUGAGAUUCCUAUUCAGGAUACAACAGUUACAGCAGGAUCAGAAGUGCUGCUAAAGUGCAUCAUCACUGGAACACCGAUACCAGCAGUGUUUUGGAAGAAAGAUGGUAGUCCUUUGAAAAGCAGUCCUACUCAUUUGACAAAGAUAGAGGGUGAGCGGUAUACCUUAUUAAUCAAGUGUGCAAGGCCAAGCGAUGCAGGAGUAUACUCUGUUACAGCAGUGAAUGAGGAAGGAGUGUCAAGCUGCAGCGCAACUGUCAAGAUAACAGAAAUAGUGUCAGAACAUCGAGGAUACUUAGGUGUUCCAAUGGAACUCAGCAGUCCGAUCACAUCUGAUGAAGAGUAUCUAAGUCCUCUUGAAGAAGGAAUGGAUUUCGGCGGGUCACCUUAUCGGUCAGAGCCAGCAUUUAAAUUUCAAGACUUACCUGAACUCAGUCCCAAGAGUCCCAUUGAAAUAUGUUUUAAAGCAGCGCCUACAUUUGAGGUUGCUCUCAGUGAUCAAUCUGUGCUUGAAGGCCAGGAUGUCAGCCUGAAUGUUCGAGUCCAUGGAGAACCAAAGCCCAUGGUUUGCUGGCUGAGGAACCGCCAACCAAUAAAGAUUGACAGCAAACAUUACUCAGUAGAAGGGGAAAAUGGAUCAUGUACCUUGUAUAUCAUUGCAGUACAAAAGGUUGACUCAGGAGUGUAUGGAUGUAAAGCAAUAAAUGAAUACGGAACAAAACAAUGUGAAGCAAAACUGGAGGUGAAAGCUCAACCUGAAGUUCACAGUUUGGCAGUUGUGGCGGAACUGCAAGAUAUAACAGUCAGUGCUGGUGAAAUGGCCCUCUUUGAGUGCCAGGUAACAGGCCCACCAGAUAUGGAUGUCGACUGGCUGUCUAGUGGCAAAUUACUUCAGCCAGCUCUACUCAACUGCAAGAUGCACUAUGAUGGCAAAAAAUGCAAGCUGUUGUUAAAUUCCGUACAUGAGGAUGACAGCGGUAUAUACACAUGCAAGCUGAGUACAGCUAAAGAUGAACUAAACUGCAGUGCAAGGCUCACUGUCAAUCCAUCAAUUGAGCCUUUGUUCACCAAGCAGAUACAUGACCUUGAUGUGAUAGAAGGUCGGACAGCAAGAUUUGAUUGCAAAGUCAGUGGGACUCCUCCUCCAUUAGUUACAUGGACUCACUUUGGUCAUGAGGUGACGGAAAGUGAAAACAUACGCCUUGUGAAGGAGCGAGGUCUUCAUUCUUUAAUAAUCUCCCAUGUGAGCAGUGAGAAUGAAGGGGAAUAUACAGUCUCAGCAAGGAACCCACAUGGGGAAGUUGAGUGCUGUGCUGAGUUAUAUGUAGAAGAACCUCGUCCUGCAGCCUCACUACAAAGCUCCAAGCUAGAGAAGAUGCCUUCCAUUCCUGAGGAACCAGAGAGCCCUGAGAAUGAGACAGAACGCUUCACAAUGCCUGAUUUUGUCAAACCCCUCCAUGAUUUAGAUGUCUUUGAAUCCAAAGAUGCAGUUUUGGAGUGUCAGGUCACAGGACUACCAUAUCCCACUAUUACCUGGUUCCACAAUGGCCAAAAGAUUGAAAGCACAGAAGACAGAAAGAUGACUCAAUACAAAGAUGUUCAUCGACUGGUCUUCCACUCAGUCAGCCAUUUGCAUGCUGGUGUCUACAAAAGUGUCAUUGCCAACAAAGUUGGAAAGGCUGCUUGCUAUGCACAUCUGUAUGUAACAGAUGUUGUUCCCAGUCCACCGGAUGGUCCCCCAACAGUGACAGCAGUGACUGGUAGAACUGUCACCCUCAAAUGGAACAAACCAAAGAGACUUGACCCUGCAAUAGAUCCAGCAUCUAUAAACUACAUCAUUCAGCAGCAGAUUUUGGGAAGCAGCCAGUGGAAUAUCCUUGCAACCAAUCUGAAAGAUACUUCCUACACCAUCAAUGCAUUAACAAAGGGAGUUCAGUAUAUUUUCAGGGUCAUAACAGCUGCGCCAAAGACUUGCAGUAAGCCUUCUCCACCCUGUGACCCAGUUCAGCUUUUAGAUAGAGGCCCUUACCUGGAUGAAGCUCCUCUGAUAUUGGACAAGCCGGAUUUGGUUUAUGUCGUAGAAAACCAGACAGCUUCUAUUACAAUCACACUAAACCACAUUGAAGCUGAUAUUCAAUGGAAAAGAGGUGAUAUCAGCUUGGAGAGCAGAGCUCAGGUCCAUGAGAUGAGCAUGCCUGACGACGACCAACAUUCCCUGAAAAUUUUCAAAGUUACCAAGAAUGAUGUUGGCGAGCUCACAUGCAUAGCCACAAAUGUGCGGGGCAGUGACAGCUGCAUGAUCACCAUGGAAUUUGCAGAGUCACCAAGAUUUGAAUCCAUCAUGGAGGACAUUGAUAUUAGUUGUGGAGAGACAGCUCGUUUUGCAGUGGUAGUUGAGGGCAAACCUGUGCCUGAUAUCAUGUGGUAUAAAAAUGAUGUGCUUCUGUCUGAAAGCAGUCAUCUGACCUUUGUGUAUGAUGACAAUGAAUGCUCUUUGGUUAUUUUGAAUACCACAGAGGAGGACAGCGGUGUAUACACUUGUACUGCUAAGAAUCUAGCUGGUGAAGUCUCCUGUAAAGCAGAGCUCACAGUUCAACAAGUACAACCCACCACUGAUAUCACUAUGGAAGAUGAGCAAGCACGUUUACACAGAAUGAGGAGACUGACAGACUACUAUGAUAUUCAUAAGGAGAUUGGAAGGGGUGCAUUUUCAUAUGUCAAGAAGGUGACAGAGAAGAACACCAAGCUGGACUAUGCAGCCAAGUUCAUUUCAGGUCGAGCAAAGGCCAUACAGUCAGCUUGCAGAGAGAUGAACAUCCUCUCACAGCUUGAUCAUGAGCGGAUUGUUUAUUUCCAUGAUGCAUUCGAGAAGACAAACUGUGUCAUUAUUAUCAUGGAACUAUGUACACAAGAAGACAUGCUGGACAGAAUGACUAAAAAAUCUUCAGUUACUGAAUCGGAGGUCCGCUCUUACAUGCGACAGAUUUUAGAUGGAAUCUGCUAUCUUCAUAGAAAUAAUAUAAUGCACUUGGAUAUAAAGCCAGAAAAUAUUCUUAUGGCUGACACUUCAAGUGAACAGAUCAGAAUCUGUGAUUUUGGAAACGCCCAGGAAGUGAUGUCAGGGGAGAGCCAGUACUGCAGAUACGGAACUCCUGAAUUUGUGGCUCCAGAAAUUGUAGCCCAGACUCCUGUCACCCCUGCAACAGAUGUUUGGUCUGUUGGAGUAGUGGCCUAUUUAUGUCUUACAGGAAUCUCUCCUUUUGUUGGAGAGAAUGACAAAGCUACAUUAAUGAACAUCAACAACUACAAUGUGGCAUUUGAAGAAAAGAUGUUUACAGACCUCACCAGGGAGGCCAAGAAUUUUGUGAUCAAUGUUUUAGUGAAUGAUAAUCUGAGGCCAAAUGCAGAAGAAGCGUUGAAGCAUCCGUGGUUCAAGACACUUGCUAAAGGAAAGAGUAUCAACACAGAUCAUUUAAAACGAUUCCUCUCCAGAAGAAAGUGGCAGAGAUCUCUUAUUCGAUAUAAAUCUAAUAUGGUGAUGAGGUCUAUUCCAGAACUUCUUCAAGACAUGUCUGGUCACCAAUCAAUAGCAAUUCCAAAGCAUUUGAAAGAGUCUUCUGUUCUGUCAUCCUCUUCUGAUUCUGAUGAUAUAGAUGACUUGCCCUUUAUCCCAAUGCCUCUAGAAAUGGAGGUCUCUGGAUCCAGGGUAUCACUGAAUGAAAUUCCCACAGAUGAAGAAAUAGGAGAAAAAGCCAGUGGCACUCAAGAACAGACUGUUCUUAAAGAUGAAACUCCAAUGGAAUGGGAGACCACACUAAAAGAUGAAGAUGCAGAACAGAAAAAGAGAGAGAAUAAUGAUACUCUGGGAAAACGGAAGAAGGGAUUAUUAUCAAGAAAAAGGUCAACAGAAGCAGAAGGCCCAGAUUCAUCAGAUGAAGAGAUGUCAGAGUCUCAAAAAAGACCUGAAUAUCCUGGCAAAUCCUUAAAGAAAGGCUCAAGCUUGGAAUCUCCUGAAAUUGAUAGAAAAACCAAUGGUUCUUCAAAGAAAGGUGAACUGAGGCGGGGAAGCUCAGCCGACAGUGCUUUAUUAUUGCAUAUUCUGUCAGACAAUGCAGAAAAGGACCAAAUGGAUCAGAUAGAAGAGCCAGCAAAGCCUCUUAAAAAAGCAGCAUCGAUGGAAUUACCAAGAAGAUGUCCGAGUCCUGGCAGGUCAGAUGAACGUGGUUCACACAGAAGAAAGCUGAGUCCAGCUGAGGAAGACUAUGCUUUAAGAUUAGAACUCAUGAGACAAAGGCUUCUUCGUGGUGGAUCUGUUGACAGCAAAAUAAGUGGCCUUCGAGGACCUCUUUUAGAAACACUGGGAAUGGGAGAUGAAAAAAAGCGUACAGCUUCACUGGAUCGCCAAACCAGACCUCCAAGACCAGAAAAGAUGACUAGAGCUGCCUCUAGUGAAACAGCACCUAAACAGGAAGAACCCCAGGGAGAGCAGAUUCUAAGAAAAAGUGCUUCCUUUUCCCAAGGUGAUGCAGAACCAGUCAUACUGCAUCGUCGCUCUGGUGCUCCACUUGAAAUUCCAAUUGCUCACUUGGAAGCACGGCAGAGACUAAAGGAAUCACCAUCACUGUCUGCUCUGACAGAUCAGACUAAGUUUGAUUCCAGGCCGCCCACUCCAAAAGAGAUAUCCUCCAAACCACCAACACCAGAACUGGAAAAUCAGAAAACAGACGUGGAAAGUGAGAAAAGAGAGCAGGAUGAAAGAGUAACACCAAAAGAAUCAGUUAGAAUAGAUGACACUAGAAAGCAAGAAAUGUCAAGUACAUCUACCUCAGUUGCAAAACCUCACCUAUCUUUAGAAGAAUAUAGUGCUGAAUCACCUACUGCAAGACUUGCAUCCAUGCCACUAGUUCCUCCUAGGGCAAAAGGAAUAGAACCCAUCUCAAAACCAACAAAAGCAGAAAACAAACUCGUCACUGAACCUAUACAUUCAACAAAAGAUUUACAACCUUCUGCAUCAGUAGCAGGUCCUACUCCAGUUAGCAAAGUUCCCAUUUCAAUUCCCCAGGAAUCCAUUUCUGUUUCCUUGCCAAAACCUUCACCAUAUGCAGAGACUAUGCAGCCUAUCCUUAUUCCUGUCACUCUGACAUCUCCAAAGGAAAAGAUUAUUGACAAAGAGACCCCGAAGACGGAGGGGAAGCAGCCUAUGGAAAGUACCACACAGACACCACUUACUGAGGUUAAAAGUAGUGGUAUUUCACAUACAGCAGUGUUUUCUAAAGUAGCUGCUACAUCUGAAGAGCCAAAGGCACAUGAUACUGUCCUGGCUGAAACUGAACAUAAAAUACCACAAGUUAUAUCUUCAAGUACUGAAAAAAUGAAUAUAGAAAAUAUAGAUUCAGAAGAAAUUUUUGAAGCAAGAUUCAAAAGGAGUAGAGAAUCUUCUUUAACUAAAAGUCUUAAGCUGUUAAAAGGUUCUAGGUCUGAAGAAAAGCUAUUCCAGGUGCCACCAGUUUAUGAUGAGACAGUUUAUCACCCAGGACCAGUAGGCACCCCGUUAGAGGUUGUUAAGCUGGAGGAACCUAAAAUACUGGAAGAAAGGUCAAAAUCUGUUCAGGAUCUUCGGGAAGCAGAGAAAGAUUCUAGCUUCAUGAGGAGGCUAUCCCUGAGGUUAAAGAAGGCACAAACCACUGAGCAAAAGGAAAAAACAAAAGAAGCAGAGCAAACUCAAGAGUCAGCAAGUCAGGGCCGUCGGUUUUCAUGGAAUUUGGGGCGUGGCAGUUCCAAGGAUCGAAGAGAUUCAGGAAGUACAAAGUCUCUUUCUGAGGCAGACAAAAAAGUUGAUAGCAGCUUAGAACAUCUGCAGAAAGAGCCAAAAAAGCAUAGCGAGUCCCCUGUACUAAUGGUUAGAAAAAAAAUUGAGUCUACCAUGGAUAAGCUUUCCAUGAAACUGCGCAGCCAUUCAGAAGAAAGGAAAGAAAGUGAUAUUUCAAGGUCAGAAAAAGGUGAACGGAAAGAAGAAAAGCAUGAGAAGAGAACACCUCUGUUGUCUCUUUUGAGAAGGUCAAGUUCUGAGGACACAAAUCUAAAGAGGCUUGGAAUUCCACAAAACCAGCUGGCCUCUCAGGUUACUUCAGCUCCAUCAUCUGAGUCUCUCCAGUCAGAAAGUAGUAUUCAGUCUGAGACAGCAGCAAAAGGAGAAAGAAAAUCAAGAUGGGAUCGCUGGGGCCUUUCCAGGGGACGGAAGGAUAAAGUGGCCUCCCAACCUAAUAUACCAGCAAGUAUACUAAGUGAAGAUGGUACAAUAAUUGGCAGGCAGUAUGUGCGUAAUGCAUCAGACUUUCCACCAAUUUUUCACAUAAAGCUGAAAGAUUUUGUCAUAUUGGAAGGAGAGUCUGUUACUCUGUGCUGUCUCCCUGCUGCUAAUCCCACUCCAUAUAUUACAUGGACAAAAGAUAAGAGAAUUGUGGAGCGCGAUGAUCGAGUUCAGACUGUCUGCAGUCAAGAUGGUCGGCAAAUGCUGACAAUUACAAAAGCAAGAAACAAGGACGCUGGCAUGUACGAGUGUGUGGCUACAAAUCCACUAGGCACAGCUGCCAGUUCCUGCUCACUCGCUGUAGCAAGGAUUCCUGGCAAGCCUGGCACUCCAGAGAUCCCACAGAAGUACAAGAACACAGUCCUGGUGCUGUGGAAACCUGCUGACAGCUUAGCACCCUGCACAUACACUCUGGAACGAAAAAUGAUUGGGGAGAACGAGUGGAAGAUCAUUUCCUCUGGUAUUGCUGACUGUUACUACAAUGUGACCGAGCUGCCACUUGGUGCAAUGUACAAGUUCCGAGUUGCCUGUGUGAACAAAGCUGGUCAGGGCCCUUAUAGUAAUUCUUCUGAGAAGGUACACAUAGAAGAUCCUGAACAAAGAACUCAAAACAUAGUCCAGGUUUCUUCUACAAAAGUUGUUCCAGUACCUGCUGUAACUCCUUCAAUUUCAGUCAGUCCAGAAAAUUCAAAGACUUUUUUUCCAUUAGAUGUACCACCUACCAGGGCUGAAGCUGUUCCUAUGCCAUUACCUAAACCAGUACCUACUCCACCAGCCAGAAGAGCAGGCAGAUCAGUCCCUGCUACACCACCAACAGUACCAAAAGCAGUUCCCACACAACCACCUAAACCUCAGCCAACCACAGUAUCACUGCCACUUUCUAAUAUGCAAGCUACUGCCACAAUACAGCUCAUAACCCCACCUGCCCCAACCCAGCCUUUACAAACUGAAGUAGCUACCACACCCUAUGUGCCCAUACCAGCAUUCAAGUCAACAUCGCCCACUCCAGAAAUUGUUCCUGCAUUGACAGUACAACCUACCUCUCCUGUUAACCUAGAACCACCAAGAAUAAUAACAACUAGAACUUCUCCUGUCAGUCCUACCUCACCUCCUACAAUCACAAGUAUUACCCUUACACCAGCAAACCUUCCCACUACACUGCCUCCAUCUAUGCCUGUUUAUAAAGUCACACCUGUCUCAACUGCCCCACCUGCUGCACCCACAUAUUUUGCUACCUCCUUUGUUUCUGUCCCACCUGUCACACCCACUACUGCAACAACAUCCAUUGCCACAGGCACAGUUACCAGUUCAACCUCAUCAGUUACUUUCAUCACACCUAUAAAGCCAUAUCAACCACCACAAGUACCGAUGACAGUGCCAACAAGGGUGAUUGUCAAAAGUGCUACUCCAGGAAGAGAAGGCAGCACUCCUACCAGAUUUAGCCCAACAGGAAGGCCCUCAUCUGCUGCAAAAGAAGGAACAGCAUUAAGGCAAGGUGUUCCCCAGAAGCCGUACACAUUCUUGGAUGAAAAAGCCAGGGGCAGGUUUGGUGUGAUUCGAGAGUGCAAAGAAAAUGCAAGUGGAAAGCACUUCAUGGCAAAGAUUAUCCCCUAUGAAGCAGACAGCAAGCAGAUAGUUCUGCAAGAGUAUGAAAUCCUGAAAUCUUUGAGGCAUGAAAAAAUAGUGGCUCUUCAUGAGGCCUAUAUCACCCCUCGCUACCUGGUAUUGAUUUCUGAAAACUGCAUGGGAAAAGAGCUCCUAUACAGUCUUACUGACAGAUUCCGGUAUUCAGAAGACGAUGUGGUUGGCUACAUUGUACAGCUUCUUCAGGGCCUGGAUUAUUUGCACAGCCGAAGAAUAGUUCAUUUGGAUAUAAAACCUGAUAAUUUAAUUGUAUCCUACAUGAAUGUUCUUAAGAUCAUUGAUUUUGGAAGUGCACAGACAUUUAACCCUCUUGUGCCACGGAAGUUAGGACGGCGUAUUGGUACCCUGGAGUAUAUGUCUCCUGAAAUGGUCAAAGGGGAUGUAAUCGGCCCUGCUGCUGAUGUUUGGGGUUUGGGAGUACUCACAUAUAUCAUGCUAAGUGGACGGUCUCCAUUUGCUGAACUGGAUCCCCUGGAGACAGAGAACAGGAUACAGUCUGGACGAUUUGAUAUAUUCAAACUCUAUCCAAAUGCAUCUCAAAGUGCCUCUCUUUUCCUCAAGAAGAUCCUUUGUAUAUACCCCUGGAGCCGACCUACUGUUGUGGACUGCUUUUCAAACCCAUGGCUUCAAGAUGCUUAUCUGAUGAAACUCAGACGUCAAACCUUGACGUUCACGACAACAAAGCUGAAGGAAUUCCUAGUGGAGCACCAGAAGAAAAGAUCAGAAGUAGCAACAAAGCACCAAGUGCUCUUACGCUCCUACCAUGGUACCCAGCAACCCCCAGCUCCAGUAACUCAAUGACACUUGUGAGGCUCCGAAAGUCAGAGGAACAUUCCACUCAUCGACGGUACAUGCGUAUAUAUGUAAAUGUGUGGAAGAUCCAUGUAGAAGGAAACACAACAUUGCUGGUAAAGGAAGAUGUUGCAUUGCAAGUGUGAGUCUGCAGCACUUAAGACCAACGAGUUACUCCAAUCGGGGAGAAGUUAAUAGCACAUAUACCUCAAGAACCAUUGGAAAGAGCUGUUAACCCAUUAGCAUGCAUGGUGCAUGAAUCUGAGGCUACUCCAUUGUUCCAAGUCACAUAUAUCAACCGAACAGCUGCUUCACCAAAGAAUAUAAUGUACCUUGUUUACUUAGCCAAAGCCUAUUGUAUGAAUAUUUCUACACUGAAUGUGUUUAAAUUAAUUUGGGCUUGGGUGCUGGAACUAUGAUGUUUUUAUUAUUUAAUGCAUCUGGAGUAAAUAAAUCAUGUGCAGACUUCUUGCUGUAGAUCAGAAUACAAGAUGGGGCAAAAGUAACUGAGAAAAUCUACUCUACUAUGAGGACUGCAGCUUUUAGGUUUCCGCAGCUUACUGAAUCUGUAUGAAUUGUUGCAUUUUACAUAACACAGAUACUAUGAAGACAUUUUAAAAACAGUUCUGUCACA